UCCCAGGUCUCUUUUGGACCUGAGUCCUCGGGCUCCGAGUUGGCUCCAGCUGCCCCGCUGCCUAGGAUGCUGCAGGGGCUUCUGGGCUCUGAGGAUGAAGAGCAGGAAGACCCCAAGGAUUACUGCAAGGGUGGCUACUACCCCGUGAAGAUCGGCGACUUGUUCAACGGGAGGUACCACGUGGUGCGCAAGCUGGGCUGGGGCCACUUCUCCACCGUCUGGCUCUGUUGGGACAUCCAGCGUAAGCGGUUCGUGGCCCUGAAAGUGGUGAAGAGUGCAGGGCAUUACACGGAGACAGCUGUGGAUGAGAUCAAGCUCCUGAAAUGUGUGCGGGACAGUGACCCCAGUGACCCCAAAAGGGAGACCAUUGUCCAGCUGAUUGAUGACUUCAGGAUCUCAGGGGUUAAUGGCGUCCAUGUGUGCAUGGUGCUGGAGGUCCUGGGCCACCAGCUUCUCAAGUGGAUCGUCAAGUCCAACUACCAGGGCCUGCCUGUGCCCUGCGUGAAGAGCAUCAUAAGGCAGGUGCUGCAUGGCCUGGACUACCUGCACACCAAGUGCAAGAUCAUCCACACGGACAUCAAGCCCGAGAACAUCCUGCUGUGUGUGGGCGACCCCUACAUCAGGCGUCUGGCUGCAGAGGCCACGGAGUGGCAGCAGGCGGGGGGCCCACCGCCCUCCCGCUCCACAGUCAGCACUGCACCCGAGGAGGCCUUGACUGGCAAACUGUCUAAGAACAAGAGGAAGAAGCUGCGGCGCCGACGGAAGCAGCAGAUGCGGCUGCUGGAGGAGCGGCUGCGGGACCUGCGGAGGCUGGAGGCCAUGGAGGCUGUGACCCAGGCGGAGGACGCCAGCUCAAGAAUAGAGGGGGGCAGUGGCUCCACCUCCUCCUCUGGCUUCUCAGGCUCCUUCUUUUCGGCCACCUCGUGCUCCAUCCUCUCCGGAUCCUCCAACCAGCGGGAGAGCGGGGGCCUCCUUUCACCCAGCAUGCCAUUUGGUGCCUCAAGCCUCCUGGUAAACCCCCUGGAGCCCCAAAAUGCAGACAAGAUCAAGAUCAAGAUUGCAGACCUGGGCAACGCCUGCUGGGUGCACAAGCACUUCACAGAUGACAUCCAGACUCGGCAGUACCGGGCCGUGGAGGUCCUGAUUGGGGCUGAGUAUGGGCCCCCCGCCGACAUCUGGAGCACAGCCUGCAUGGCCUUUGAGCUGGCCACUGGCGACUACCUGUUUGAACCCCACUCUGGUGAAGACUACAGUCGGGACGAGGACCACAUCGCCCACAUCGUGGAGCUGCUGGGAGACAUUCCCCCGGUGUUCGCCCUCUCAGGCCGCUACUCUCGGGAGUUCUUCAACCGGAGAGGCGAGCUGCGGCACAUCCACAACUUGAAGCGCUGGGGCCUGUACGAGGUGCUCAUGGAGAAGUACGAGUGGUCCCUGGAGCAGGCCACGCAGUUCAGCGCCUUCCUGCUGCCCAUGAUGGAGUACCUCCCCGAGAAGAGGGCCAGUGCUGCUGAGUGCCUCCGACACCCCUGGCUCAACCCCUAG